CCGUACUUGGGGCGGAGUCCUUUUGAGUUAUAAGUAAUAAAAGUAACAAUUAAUAUUAGUAAUAUUACCGAAUAUUAUAUUGUUUUAUAAUUUGUACUUAAAUGUGUUUCGUUUGCAUUUGACUUGCAUAAUUUUUAUCGACGACUAAGUUACAAAGAAAUCGAAAAUGAGACUGAGAGCGAUAUUAGGUUACUCGAUCUUCGGAACGGGAUCCACAUUGAUGUCGGCUAUCAUACUAUUCUACCUGUUGGCCGGUAAAGGUGAGCAAAUAAGUGUUGGCUGGUUCUUGGCCAAUACAUCACCGUAUAUGUGGGCUGUUUUGGGUAUAUCUCUGGCGGUUGCCCUGUCUGUGGUUGGAGCCGCGUUGGGAAUACAUACAACUGGUGUGAGCAUCGUUGGCGGUGGAGUUAAAGCACCACGCAUCAAGACCAAGAAUCUUAUAUCUGUCAUCUUCUGCGAAGCGGUGGCCAUCUAUGGACUGAUCACUGCAAUUGUCAUGUCCGGCCAGUUGGAAUCGUUCACAGACAAUGUGGAUACCACACAACAAAUCAGAGAUCAAAAUUGGAUGGCAGGCUAUUUAAUAUUUGCUGCUGGCAUAAGCGUUGGUUUGGUUAACCUAUUUUGUGGUAUAGCUGUUGGAGUAGUGGGAUCAGGUGCAGCAUUAGCAGAUGCAGCAAACUCUUCGCUUUUUGUCAAAAUUUUAAUUGUUGAAAUUUUUGGAAGUGCCAUUGGUCUUUUCGGUCUAAUUGUUGGCAUAUACAUAACUUCCAAAGUGAAGAUGGGUGAUAAGUAACUUUACAUUCUAUGUUAUUCAUGUGUAUAUUUAUUUUUGAAUAGUUUUGUUUUGAUUUUGAAUUGUCUAUUAAAAUGUAAUACAUUGGAUGGUUCUUAAAUCUACCAA